AUGGCUAAGCCCAUCCUCGGGUUGUUAAAAAAGGCCAAUAAGUUCACUUGGACUGCAGAAUGUGAAGAAUCAUUCAAAAUUCUCAAACAUCGACUCGGCACACCCCCGAUACUUUCAAAACCCGAUCCAAGCCUCAACAUGAUAGUGUAUUUGUGUGUUUCCAAUGAGGCAAUCAGCGCCGUCCUCGUGCAAGAAAAAGAAUCUCAGAAGCCGGUAUAUUUCGUGAGUCGAAUGCUACAAGAUGCCGAAAAAAGAUACCAACUACUCGAGAAGAUGGCACUCGGCUUGGUCCACACAGCACGACGUCUUCGGCAGUAUUUUCACAGCCAUAAGGUUAUCGUUCGGACUGAUUGUCCCAUUGCCAAGGUCCUACGAAAACCCGAGCUAGCAGGACGAAUGAUGGCCUGGUCUGUAGAGUUAUCUGAAUUUGACAUAGCGUUUGAACCAAGAGGACCGAUCAAAUCUCAGUGCCUAGUCGACUUCGUCAAUGAGUUGCAACCGAUGGGCCAUUUUGAGAAUGAUCAAUGGGUACUUCGUGUUGACGGUUCGUCUAAUAACCAAGGAAGUGGGGCGGGAAUAAUUCUCGAAGGACCAACAGGCUUGGCACUUGAGCAAUCCCUUCGUUUCGCUUUCAAAGCCUCAAAUAAUCAAGCCGAAUACGAGGCAUUACUGGUGGGAUUGAGGCUGGCUCGGGAAGUUGGCGUUCAGAAUUUGCUAUGUUGGACUGAUUCAAAAGUUGUUUCGGAGCAGGUCAACGAGAAUUUUCAGGUUAAGGAUGCCCAACUGUUAAAAUACUAUCAUACUUUUCAAAACAUGUGCCAACAUUUUGACCAAGUAUCGGUGAAGCACACUCCCCGCGAACAUAAUGACAGGGCAGAUCAGCUAGCUAGACUGGCAACCAGCAAUCGGAAACCAGGACAGCUUCGAACCACCCUCCAUUUGGAACUCUCAACCCCAAGCAUUGAGGUAGUUGAAUGCUUAUCAGUCUCCGAGCAGUCGGCAACAUGGAUGACCGACAUACUACGAUUCAUCACUGAAGGAGUCGUGCCGACAUGUCCUUUGGCAGCCAAAAAGUUAAGAACCCAAGCUGCGAGAUAUUCUGUUAUAGGAGGGGAGCAUUUUCGAAGAGGUUUCUCGUCUCCUUUACUCAAGUGUUUAAACAAUGAAGAGGCUAAUUAUGUGUUGCGGGAAGUGCAUGAAGGAAUCUGCGGCUCUCAUUCGGGAGGGAGAACUUUAGCAACAAAGUUCGUAGAUCAGAAGUUCAAUAAGUUCCUUCAGGACUUGGGGAUCAAACACCGAUUCACAUCAGUUGAGCACCCACAGUCAAAUGGCCAAGCCGAAGCGGCCAACAAGGUCAUCCUCUCGGAACUAAAGAAGCGCCUAGGGACAGCCAAGGGCACAUGGGCCGAAGAGCUUUUGGAAGUGUUAUGGGCGUAUCGUUGUACCCCUCAAUCCACCACCCAGGAGACCCCCUUCCGAUUGACAUAUGGUGUUGAUGCAAUGAUACCUGUCGAAGUAGGCGCAUUCAGGUGGACAUUGAUUUAG